AUGAAAAAGUGUAUCGGCAUAAUCGACCAAGCCCACUUCAGUGGCGUUUGCCUUUUUCUACUUUUCCUCCCCUUCCUCCCCUUUUCUUGCACACUUCCGGCUGGCCAGGAGGCAGGUGAGUGUCUCUGCGUGGGAUUCGGUGGGGAUGUGUUGGUAUUUGGGGGUGAAUUUGGGGUGUUUUGUGGUAGUGAAAAGUGUGGUUAUGCGAUGCUGGAGCCCGGAUCCGAAAUCCCCGUGGCUGUGGACACAAACACCACCUUCUCGUGUUCGACGCGCACCGAGAGCAUCUUGUGGACGAGAAACGGGAAGAACAUCACAGUAAAGAGCGACAAGAGAUUCUCCGAUCGCGUAACUCAGGUCAACGAUGACGACACCAUCGUGGACGGGAAGAUAUACUCGCACGAGCUGGCCAUCGCCAGGGUGAGUCUGAAGGAUCUGGGCAACUACAGCUGCAUCGACGUGGUGGAUGGAAUGGAGAAGCUGUUCUUCCUGCAGCCCAUCAUCUCGCCGAAGAUCGUGAGUCAGAGCAGUGCGAGAAUCCGCACGAACAUGAGCAAGCACGUGACGCUGUUCUGUCUGGUGGAGGCUUUCCCACUCGAGGAGUACAAGAGCUCCAUUGAGUGGCGCAAGGAGGACGUGGAUGGCAUGGAUUUCGCCUCUGUCAAGGAGAUCAAUCUCAAUCUCAGCAACAAGACGCGCAUUAAGCAGAUCAACGAGACACGAAUGAAUGUCACACUGGAUCUGGAGAAUGUGUCCAAGAGGCACAAUGGCACGUACAUUUGUCGCAUUCUCAUACCUCGCACGGGAGCGGAAAUCACUGGAGAGUCGUCGAUUUUCGUGCUGGAUCGUCCGGAGGUGAGAAUAGACUUCGUAAAGGCGGUGGGAGCGAAUAAGAUCUUCAUGAAUUGGACUGUGAACGAUGGCAAUGAUCCCGUUCAGGCAUUCUAUGUGCAGUAUCGCAAGGAUGGCGAUGAGACAUUCACGUACUACAAGGAUCGCAUCAAUGGCAAGAAUCAGUCGUGUGUGUUGGAGAACUUUGAGGCAUCCACGAAGUAUCAGUUCAAGAUUGUGGCGCAGAAUAAGAUCGCAAUGGGACCGGCUUACACGCAUCCGACGUGGGUGAAGACACUGGAGAAGGAUCCAGUGUUCAUUCCUUCGAUUGAGGUGAAGGGCAACACACACUCCACAAUCACCAUCGGCUGGACACCGCCGCCGCCGGAUCUGCUGGAGUACAUCCAGUAUUAUGAUUUGGUGGUGGUGAAUGCGGAGAAUGCGUCGGAAGUGAAGGAGGCAAUUCAUCUGCAGAAUAGUCGCAAUCUUCCCUACAUGUUUGACGGUUUGCGCACGGCGGCAGAGUACAAUUUCCGCGUGCGUGCGUGCAGUGAGCUCACGAAGGCGUGUGGGAAUUGGUCGGAAUCCGUGAUGGGCACAACGAUGGAUGGCAUUUCGUCAGAACCAGUGAAUUUGCGCAUCUCUUGCGUUCACUACAACAUAUCGCGACGGAAUUUCGUGGAGGUGAUUUGGGAGCCGCCGGUGAAGAAGAACGGAAAGAUUAUCUCCUAUCACGUAGUUCUCAGUGGUGUGGCGACUUUUCGGCUGGAUCAUUCGGUGAGGAAUGAGACUUGGGGACCCAAGACGAAGAGUAUCGAUGAGAAGUCUCCUUAUCGUGCGAUCUAUGACGGUAUUCCGCCCAAUACGAACUACACCAUUCAAGUGCAGGCGGUGACGCGGAGUAAGAAGCCAGGAGAGCCGGCUCUGCAGAGCUGUGUCAUGCCGCCAACGGUGCCGGACGCCAUUGGGAAGUUUUUGUGGGGGAAGGUGAAGACAGAGACGAAUGAUUGGGUGUUCAAGCUGAAUUUGCCACGGAUUUCGGAGCGCAACGGACCAAUUUGUUGCUAUAGAAUUUACAUGGUGCGCGUGUCAAAGGACGAAAUUGUGCGCAAUCUUCCGCCACCUGAGGAUCUGGAUGUGAUGACAUACCAUGAAGUGCACGCAGUGAACAAUUCCAAGGGUGGCGCCUACAUUGCCGAAGUGAUGACGGGUGAGAAUUUCCAUUCGGAGAUCUUUCUGGGCGAUGGGAAGCGCAUGAAUGGGAAUGUGAGUGAAGAGCAGGAGACUGAAGCGUGUCGAAAGUGUCUUGAGGGUGCAAUUUGGCGAUCGCCAACAAGGCGACGCACAACAACAGCCACCACAACAACAACACCAAAGCCAAUCCUGCCCGAGGACAUUCCCACACUGCCAUUCUUCGGUGUGACAGCGGAAGCUGAGGAGUUUUCGACGUUUCCGACGCCUGUGACGGCUGUCAAUCGUCGGAGGCGCAGAAGACAACACUUUGAUGACUUCAAGGAUGCCAUGCUGGAGGACAAGGUGACAACGGUGAAUCCGCUGUCGAAUGAAGCAAUGCUGUUCAGUGUGUUCGACGGACAGUUGGAUCUGAAGAGUGAAUACACGGGAUUUGUGGAGGUGAUCGUGAAGAAUCGCCAGGGAGACAAGGAUCAGGUGUUGUCCUCGUACAGUGAAUACUUCCAGAUGAUGCAAGCUGGUGCGCCGCCAAAUCUGGAUGAGAAUGCAGACAAUAUGACGUACAUUCUUGCGCUGGUUGUGCAAAUUCUCCUGGCACUGAUUGUCAUCGUGCUGAUUCUCCUCAUGUCGCUGUGCAUCAUUCAUCGGUACUACACGAAGAAUGUGGCGCGUGGAGAUGAGGCGAUUAGCUUGAGGGAGUCCUUGAGGGCGCUGUGUGGCGGCAGGAGUCAGAGUAAUCAUCAUCGUCACUUGAUUGGCACACAAUCGUCAAAGCCACCAGAUAUCCCACCGAUAGUCAAGGCGGAAAUGGUGCAAGCCUUCCUCAGUCGUCACAAGGAUUCCGACUAUGGCUUUCAGCAUGAGUUUGAGAUGUUGCCGGACAGAUUUAGCGAUAGGACGACAAAGAAUUCCGAUGCCAAGGAGAAUUCGGGCAAAAAUAGAUAUCCUGACAUCAAAGCGUACGAUCAGACGAGAGUGAAAUUGUCCACAAUCAACUCAAUCAUCGGCUCGGACUAUAUCAAUGCCAACUUUGUGCUGGGCUACAAGGAGAGGAAGAAGUUCAUUUGCGCUCAGGGUCCAAUGGAGGGCACAGUGAAUGACUUCUGGCGCAUGAUUUGGGAGCAACACUUGGAGAUUAUUGUGAUGCUGACGAAUCUUGAGGAGUACAAUAAGACAAAGUGUGCCAAAUAUUGGCCGGAGAAGGUGAACGAUGCCACGCAGUUUGGGGACAUUUCUGUGACAUUUGUGUCGGAGGAGCGCUUCUCGGACUAUCUGGUGAGGGAGCUGAAGGUGGUGCGACGCAGCAGUGGCUUUGGGGAGGAUGAGGAGGACAGGCGAUACAUCACGCAGUAUCACUAUCUCAUGUGGAAGGACUUCAUGGCGCCGGAACAUCCGCAGGGCAUUGUGAAGUUCAUCAAGCAGAUCAAUGCUGUGUAUUCACUGCAGCGUGGCCCGAUUCUUGUGCACUGCAGCGCCGGGGUGGGACGCACGGGGACACUUGUGGCGCUGGAUUCGCUCACGCAGCAGCUGGACGAGGAGGGUCACGUGGCGAUCUUCAACACUGUGUGUGACAUGCGCCAUCAGAGGAACUUCCUGGUGCAAUCGCUGAAGCAGUACAUCUUCCUGUAUCGCGCUCUGAUGGAGAUUGCUCAGUUUGGCAGCACACUGCUGCCGUGCAAGGGUCUGGGUGCCGCUGUGGAGACGCUGAAGACGCGGCAGGACAGCAAGGAGCAGUGUCAAUUAGAGGUGGAGUUUGGGAAGAUCAAGACGGCGGUGGAUGGCAAUAAGAAGGCAACAUUCAUUGCCAGUGGCGAGCAGAAUCAGAUGAAGAAUCGCAGUGAUAGUGUUUUGCCUUUUGACAAGAAUCGCGUCAUACUCACACCAAUUCCUGGCCGUGAGAAUUCCACAUACAUCAAUGCCAGCUUCAUUGAGGGCUAUGACAAUUCGGAGUCCUUUAUCAUUGCCCAGGAUCCCAUGGAGGCAACAAUUGGGGACUUUUGGCGGAUGGUGUCUGAGCAAAGUAUUAACACAAUCGUGAUGCUCUCUGAGAUUGGCGACGGCGCCAAGAAGUGUCCGCGAUAUUGGGCAGACGAUGAGAUUCAGUACGAUCACAUCACUGUGAAGUACAUCCAGAGCGAGAGUUGUCCAUACUACACGCGGCGUGAGUUCAACGUGACCAACGUGAAGAUCGACGACACGAUCCAAGUGACGCAGUUCCAGUACAACGGCUGGCCGACGGUGGACGGCGAGGUGCCGGAAGUGUGUCGCGGCAUCAUUGAGCUGGUGGAUCAGGCGCUGAAGCAUCACAACAGCCAGAAGGCGUACAAUCAAUCCAGCCCAGUCGCAGUGCACUGCAGUUUGGGAUCCGAUCGUAGUUCAAUCUUCGUGGCCAUGUGCUUCCUCGUGGAGCAAUUGCGUGCGGAGAAGCGAGUGGACAUUUGCACGACAGUGAGGAAAUUGCGCUCGCAGCGCAACAUGAUGAUCGACACUUAUGCGCAAUACGAAUUCCUGCACAGAGCGAUCGUCAACUAUGCCGAUCUCCAUCGAUUAUCGCUAGAAUCUCCCUCCGACUGAUCGCGAGACGUCUAAAAUCGCCAGGAAUACUUUUUAGCCAACACUUGAGCGCUGCAUUGGGCAUGUUUUUAAAUCAUUUCAUGUGCCCCUUUUUAGCAAGAGAGGAAAAGAGGGUGAUAUUUUUGAAGAAAUACGUUAUUAUUUUUAUGAGUUGAGAGAGAAAGAGAGAGAGAAAGUGCGAGAGAGAGACCAAAAAAUCCUCAAAUAUUUAAUCUUUGACUUCUGAGAAUAUGUGAAGAGUUUUAUUAAGCAAAGGCAUAAAUUGUGAAUCGCUCUUGCAAAUUCAGUCACGCAUCACGGAAGGAAGGAAGGAAGGAAGGAAGGAAAUCAUGUUUGGCCAUAUGUUUUAUAUUAAUUACUACAUAUAUUAUAUUAUAUUAUGAUUAGCGAAAGGAGAGAGACAAAAGUAAUUGAUAAGUACCUAUAAAGUUUUGCUUUAGAGAGAACAAAAACCAAUCUUGUAGUGGAAUUCGCAAUGGAAGAAACAUAUUGAUGAUAACAAUAUUUGUUUUUUUAUAAGGAAGGCAAAAUCUAGAACACAUUUUGUACAUAAUUUAUUUGUAUGUUUUUUAAUCGUUCUCUGUAGUCUUUUUUUAACUGUCCGGAAAGGCGAGUUUGUGUGUUGCGAUUAAUUUUUUUCUUAGCAGAGAGGCUUUUUUUUAAUUCCUAUCCAUCCUUCAAUCGCACGCCGACUCGCCUUUUGCCAUCAUCAAUUUUGCACACAAGCAACAUUAUAAAUGUCUCAUGUGUAAUUUACUCAGAAGAAAAGUGAACUUUUUUGAUAUAUAAAGAUGAAGAAGUUUAUAAUAUCCUCAAGACUCUCUUUUUGUAAUUGAAUGUUUUUUUUUAAUUGUGUUUGUAGACGAAUUGAUAAUGUCGCAAAUUCUAUCUAGUCGCUGAUAAACAUGAUCUAACAAAUGAUGAAGAAGCCAAAAUUGUCAUAGAAGAAAGGAAUAAAGGAAAAAAUGAGGAAAAAUCAUCAAUGAUAAAAUAAACGAAGAAAAGAAAGGAAAAAUUUGAGAAGGAAAAAAUUGUGUUCAUAGCGAGAGAAAUUGUAAAAUUAGUUCUUUUUUUAUAAUAUAAAUAUUAAUAAUUUCUUUUCUACAAUUUUCAUUUUAAAUUCUCAAUCGAAUCUCAGGAGAAUUUUGAGAUUUCACAUUUUAUGAAUGAUUUUAAGUUUUUCUUUCUUUGUAAAGUAAUUUUCGUGUUUUUUUUAUAUUUACCAAUUAAUUCUGAGAUUGAGGAUUGCAUUGUGCAAUACCCCAAGAGUAAAAAAAGGAGGAAAACAAGAGAUGAAAGAGGAGGAAAAUCUUUAGAAAAUAUUUGUCUUUUCUACCAGACACUUUUUUAACAAAAAAAAACCAAACUUUUUUGAAGAAGAAAAAAAAAUUGUCUACCAAAAUUGAGACUGUAAAAUCGAUUCAUGGACAUUUUUCACACACACAAAACAAUUUAUAUACAGAAAAAACACAUAUUGAAAGCCAAAAGAACUUGGAAGAAAAAAAACUGGAAUUCGGAGCUCAUUGGAGAAGAAAGAAAAAGUCCACCAAAUAAGAAAUGCAAACAUUUGAGAUAAUAUUCCAGGAAAAAAAAGGAUGCAAGAAUUGUAAAAUGACGAAGAAUCCAAAAUAAUGCUGGUAUUUUAUAGGAAGAGAGAA